AUGCUGCAACUCACAUUCACGGACCGCCCGCUGAACUCGGUCGUCGUCAACACGGCGACCUACCAAGUACUGUAUGACAUCAAGACCCCGCACUUGCUAGGCGGGUCGUUGACGACGGUGCGCGAUGCGACGGGGGACAUCGUGGCGACAUACGAGACCUCUGCGUAUACUCACGAGCUAACGAUUGGAGGCGAGAGGAGGGGCUUGAACGAGUGGCUGGAACGGGAACACACCUUCUCAUUAUCGCGGCGGAUGCACGCACCGAAUGGGAGGCAGUAUGCGUGGACGAGGUCGAAGUACACCUGGUCGGUCACCGACUGUGAGACGGGCCAGGUCAUCGCGAUGUCGCGAAGCGCGAGUAAGGUGGAUGGGACGAAGUUCACAGUGGACAUACUGGAGGAUGGCUUGCCUAUACUGGAUGCGAUCGUGACGGCAUUUGCGAUCCUCGAGGCAAGGGCGAAGGCGGACGCGGAUGCCGGGAGCACGGUCGGAUACGAUCCAAUGCCAGUAUGUGCGUUCUGCAUCGAGAUGCUUCAAAUCACCGCAAGCGGGAAGGGGCAGCUUAAGCAGUUGCCGAUGGCCAAGCUCAAGAAGUACGCAAAGGCCUACAAUAUCGACGUCUCCGGCAUUCUGGAGAAGGACGAGUUUAUCGAAAGACUUGUAGCAGCAAGGACUCCCGAAGGAUGCCUGCCACAUGCGAACGAGAGCUACUACAGGAAGCACUCAAUACCGAACCGCGCAAGCAAUCGACCGCGCGGGAUAUUCACUCGCGCAAUGGAUGCGAUGUCGGGCGACCGGACUUCAACGUCCUCAACGCCACCCCCACGACAACAGCCUCAGCCUCAAUAUCAGCAACGGCAGCAGUACCAACAAUACCCGCAAUACACUCAAUACCAACCGCGCCAGCGCACUAAUUCCGGUCCUAGUAGAUACAGCCCUCAUAGUCAGACUGACCCUCGGACGCGGCAACAACAGCCACAACAACAGGCGCCUCGCCCUAGUACUGCCCAUCCACAUCCGCAUCCACAUCCACAAUACGCUCCACCUCCAGGCGCGCCCCCACGAUAUAGCCAAUCUGCGCGCCCCGACCACCUCAACGUACCGCCGCAACGUCCCCGCGCAGCGUCGACGUCGUCCACUCCGCGCGGAACUUCCCCCGCACGCCCUGUCGUCGUACCGAGCAUCGACGAGCUCCUGAAGAUGUCGGACGAGCAGGUCGCGGCGCUCUCGAUCGGCUCGCUCAAGGAGAUCCUCUUCAAGAAUCACGUCACAGCCCGCCUCGUCGUGGAGAAGGGCGAGCUCGUCUCACGUGUGAAGACGCUCAUCGAGCAGGAGAAGGCCGAGCGGGAGCGCAAGGCGGCAGAAGAGGCGGCGGAGAGGGAGUAUGAGGAACAGAUGCGCCGUGCACGCGAGGAAUCUCUGGCUUCGGCGUCUCAAGCCGGCCUGUCGCACCCCGCAUCCCCAGGACCAGCGCGUGCGGAGGGCAAUGACGGGGAGGGAGCUAAUGUGCAGAUACCUAUCCCUGAGCCCGCCGGCACAGGAGAAGGUGUGCAGAUGCCUGUUCCUCAACCGGCGACGGGAGAGGACUCGGGUUCUCCUCCGCAGGCGUCCACGCCGCCUACACGUGUUGUCACUCCCCCGCCUGCCAGCACACUCACGCCCAAGGCGCAGGCGAUGGCGUCCCGUCUCGAGCGGACGGGGCUAUGUGUUAUCUGUCAGGAUGAAGAGGCGAAUAUCGCAAUCGUCGACUGCGGGUGCGUGGUCUGGCAUCUCAGCGUGCAAUGUGUCAGCUAA